AUAUAUAUUAAAAAAAAUUAUUACACUCACAUAUACAUACGUAUAUCAAUCUAUGUGUGGUAUAUUAUUCUCUAUUUCUGACACUCGGCCCGAGAAUUCGCCCUUGUGGAAUUCUCUCGAGGCACUCAACACAAAGCGAGGACCCGAUGCUCAGCAAACUCACGUCAUUACAAUUCAAGAUCAACAAGCACAACUAUAUUUAAGAUUCUUCUCAUCAGUCUUGCAUCUUCGUGGUGAUCAUGUCGUCCCUCAGCCAAUGACACCUGCCACUGGCGACGUAUUGAGUUGGAAUGGCGAAAUAUUUGGUGGACUUGAAAUCACUUUGGGAGAAAAUGAUACAGAGGUAUUAGUGCGUCGAUUGGCUGGAAUCAGUCCCACAGAUACAUCAGAAAAGGCAGUUUUGGAUAUCCUGACACAGAUCGAAGGCCCAUUUGCAUUUGUUUUUUGGCAGGCGCACACCAAUAGACUAUGGUUUGGACGUGAUUGUCUUGGACGUCGGUCGUUAUUGUGGGCACGUUCCAAGAGUCUCACAAACAAAAGCUUUAUGUUGAGCUCUGUAGGACCUUCUUCUGCUUCUUCAGAUUCAGGAUCAGAUAAUGUUGUGUGGGAGGAGGUUCCUGCAGACGGUUUAUACUGUAUUCAAAUGGAAGAUAUCGAGACAGAAACAACAGACGAAUCUGUAUUUGGACAUCCAAUCCGUCACUUUUCCUGGGUUCAGCAAGAAAAUUCUGGACCAAAUACAUUGCCAUUGCCUUUUCCUUUAAUCAAUCGAUAUGUGCCUAAAGACCUUUCCGUUGAUACCAGAGAAGGAGAGCCUGUCGUAGAUGGUGAGAUGGAAACCGCUAUAGAAGAAUUUACUCUUGUUCUGAGCGAGUCUGUCCGAAGACGUGUAGCUGAUGUUCCAUCUCUUGGUCCUAUCGAAGCAUGUGCCAGAGUGGCCAUAUUGUUUUCUGGGGGCUUGGAUUGCAUAACUCUUGCUGCAUUAGCUCAUCAACACUUGCCUCAUUGUGAGCCUAUUGAUCUUCUUAAUGUCGCGUUUGAGAACCCUCGUCGUGAGCAGGCUCUUCAAAAACCAAAAAAAAAGAUUGCACCAGAAAGAAUAUGGAAUUUUGUGGAAAUCAAUGUUCCUUACCCAGAAGCCAUGUCUCACAAACAGAGGAUUAUUGAAUUAAUGUAUCCAUUAGAUACAGUGAUGGACCUGAGUAUUGCUAUGGCAUUCUGGUUUGCCUCUCGUGGUGAAGGAACAAUUGAUGACAAUGGCAAUACAAAGCCAUAUCAUAGCCGAUCUCGAGUAUUGCUCUCUGGAUUAGGAGCAGAUGAACAAUUGGGUGGGUAUUCCCGCCACAAGGAUGCAUUCCGCCGUGGUGGCUGGGAUAAAGUUAUUGAAGAGACACAAAUGGAUGUGGACAGAAUUUCUACCCGUAAUUUAGGUCGAGAUGAUCGUAUAAUGUCAGAUCAUGGGAAAGAAGUCCGUUUCCCGUUCUUGAGUACAGAUGUUGUAAAUUGGUUGUGUCGCUGCCCAAUUUAUAUCAAAAUGGAUCUUCGUUAUGAGCGAGGUAUUGGCGAAAAGCUUCUUUUGCGUAACGUAGCUCGUCGACUGGGGUUGUCUGAGGCAAGUAAGAAUUGGAAAAGGGCCAUUCAAUUUGGGGCCAAGACUGCCAAGAUGACAGAUAGCUCUAGGUCAGAAAAAGGACAGCACAAACUCUCUUGAUAAAUAUAAAAUUCAAAUUCAAAUUACAGC